AGGGUUCCCAACAGUUCUACACAGAGAUACAGUAGAAUUGUCUACCAUGGAGGAACAGAGUGGUUCCAGGAAGAGUUUGUUUGCAAAACAGUUUGCAAAAUCUGAAGAAAAAGACUUUGGUAUAUUACCAAGAAUGCGACCUAUUAUCAGGGGCGAAGAUGGUGAUAUUGAUGAAGAUAUGAUAGAUGAUGAUUCACUCUCCUUUUGUCCAACGCUCAUCACUGGUGAAGGACUUAAUGAUGGCGAUGCAAACCAGUCAGCUGCAGCUAUGGCUGAAAUACACAAAAUACAUGCAGAGAAUGUUGAGAAACUCUCAUCUAUGUCCGAAAAAGAGAUUUUGGAAGAACAAGCUAAACUUCAACAAAUGCUUGAUCCAUCUAUUCUCAAAUUUCUCCAAGAGAGGCGGAAACAACAACAAUCUACAAGCACCACGAAAGAUAACUCCCUUCUCGGGGAAGAUGAUGAGGGUAUAGAUACUAUGAAUCUUGUUGAUGAUGGAACAGCAGGUGAAAGCCAGGAGAAGUCUAAGGUUGAGAAAGAUGUCGAAGGUCUGGUUGGUAUGGCAAAUGAUAUUCUGGGAACCAACAUUUCUGAGAAGUGGCUGCAUAUGGAUCAAGUUGAACCAGAAAAGUUGGAAUGGAUGAAAGAUCUGCCAAAUGUAAAGAAGUCUGGGACAAGUGAACAAGCCAGAUUUGACUUUAACGGAAACGUUUUGAUUGGUGCUGAAGAUAUUCCAGAAUAUGUGGGAUUGCAUCACCAUGGCGAUGAACCAGAAAGAGCUGGGUAUACGUUGGAGGAAUUGUUUUUACUCUCAAGAAGUAACUUUUUGCAACAACGUGUGUUGGCCAUCAAUACUCUAGCGAGAAUCAUCAAGAAGGAUCGUUGUGGAACGUAUCGUGGUCAUUUAGAUCAGGAUUUGCUACCGUUGUUGCUUCAAGCUGGUCUGCCGUUUCUUCUUCGUUGGUCCUUGGAUGAUAGCACGGACUCUCAGAUUGCUGCUUCCGUCAGUUGCUUUAACGCAAUGCUUGUUAGCAAACAAGAUGAGACCGUGGCAGAUCUAUUGUGCUUUGGUUGGUACCGGGGGAAAGAGUUGCCAUGUUUGUGUCCACAGGAGAUGAAGGAUUCUGAAGGAGGCUCGAACAAUCUUCCGGAUGUUGAUGUUGUCAAACACGACUUGAUAAAAGGUUUGUUGCAGAUGCGAUUUCUUCCAAGGCUGCGUUAUAUCCUGGAGGUGUGUCAUCCUGCGUCCCCAGUUGUUCUAGAUAUCCUCGAGAUCCUCACCAGGAUUUCUCGACACUCGACCGAAGCUGCUCACUGCGUCGCAAAAUGCCCUCGACUACUAGAGACAAUACUAGUCCAGUUUGUGCCAAGCUCGUGGAAGGCUAGAGAGAGAUCAGUUGCUACGACUGAUCUCUAUGGCCAUCCUUUGGCUGAAGCUUUGAAAGUAUUCAGAGUUUUAUGUUGUGCUGGAAAACAUCUUGCAGAUACACUGAUUACCAAGUACGGUUUGAUAACCAAAAUUUUACGAUUUAUAACAGUACCAGCUGAACAAAUGAUGUUAGACACAACGGAAGCGCUUCAACUAGCUGCAGAGAGUUUAACUAUUUGGAGUAUUUGUAUAUCAUAUGGUUUGUCCUGUGAGAAUUUGAGCAACGUUUACCCGCAUAUUCUAACUCAAGUCCAAGGAUUGGCCUCGUUACCAGUCUACGAUCAACCUCAAGCGAGCACCUCCUGUGCUUGUGCUCUGGUGGAUCUUGUUGAAGCCGUGACGCAUGUCGCUGGAAACAAGGCCGAACUGCGGGCGCAGUUGACGACUCGGUUCAGUGCAAAAGAUAACCAUCCCGGUUGCAUGGACGCAAGUCAUCUCCCCCCGUCCCCUAUUGAUUGGAGUCAUGUGACUGGAUUGCUACCUCUGAUUGGACACUGCGUUCGACUUUUCAAAGACCAGUUCGUGUCUAUUGAGGAGAGGAUUGCUAAGGAAGAAUCAUUCCUUUUGAUGUCGCGAAUUUUCAAUCUUUUAGCAUCGUUUUAUGAAAAACUUUCGACCCAGCCGUUUUAUUCGCCAGUGGAAUGUUUGGAAGAGAUCGAAAGCUUUCUAAUGAACGAAAUUUGUGUCCCCAUUCUAGAGUCUAAAACGUUGUCGAUUUUGCUGGUUAGAAUGAGAGAUUACACUUCGUAUUUCACGAGGGAAACAUCAGCCGCUGAUCCGUCACGUAUUCCCAAUCUUCCUGAUUACGGUCGCUGUGCAGGACAGAGUAGUUGCUCAAACCAACCAGAUAUUCCACGUUGUCUUCACAGAGGAACGCCAUUUCCUUUUUUGCUCUCCUUCGCCAGGCUAGCCAUGGUCAUUACGUCAUGUCAUAAAGGUCUUGCGAAUAAGUUUUUACCGUUCGUAACGUGUGAUACUAUCGUCGAAUAUUUAAAAUUAAACUCGACUCCUGGACAAAAUAAUGGGGAGACUGGGUGUUAUUUUAUUAAGGUCGAACAGCAUUUCCAGUAUUUUCUUAUCAAACUGUUUUACAAUAUCCUUCUUCAAAGUGACAUCAUGGAUGGUGAGCUAACAGCAUUGUAUCACACGACAAGUUUGCUUCUCUUUUCGCGGCUGUUUCCUGGGGAUGAAUUUUAUGCUCACGAUCUUAUGUCUCUUGUCCUAUUCAACGCUGCUCUCUUUCACGAGAGCAAAGAUGAAUGCGCAACAACAAUAGCAUCAAACUUAUCCGAAAUGGGAAUCGAGUCAUCUGCCGCGAUGAAAGAUGUUCCUUCAAACAAGCAGAAGUCAUUCUCGCGCGGAGAGCUUCUUUCAGAAGCGUACAAAGAUUUGCUGUCCAUUCGUUCAACGUUCAUAUCUUCUUUUGCACAAAUGAGACACGCGUUAGCAAAAUCCAGAGCUCACAGCCUUCAUCAGCCUCAGAACAUUACGUCAUUUCUACUGCCGCUUGUUGAUGGUACAAUGCUGCCCGCUGAUUGGAUGUUUCUUCCUUUAGUCGAUCUUCAUAAUACCGCUGUUAAAUCCGAAUUGCUGUCCAAACCACAACAGGAUCGCCUCACAAGCGCAUCAGGUUCUAUCGUGAAACGAACAUUGCAAUGGGUUCUUCUGCUUGAAGAAUGGCGACCGGUAGUCUUACAUAAAGUAACGACCACGGCAAAAGUAGUGCGGCUCAUGUGCACUUUUCUUACAGGUAGUGAUUUAUUUCUGGACAACCUGAUUCAUAAUUACCUCAAAUCAUUGCUCCAUAUUUACACUCAUUCCUCACAGUUGGCCCCUCUCGAUUUCAACUCAGCUAUACCAGGAAUUACUUCGUUCUACGAUCUAUUCAUCUCGUUCGUUACCCAGUAUGAAGCUGUGUCGUUUGGAGACAAACUCUUCUCCUCUUUUCUAAUUUUGCCCUUACAACAACGAUACAACAACAUGUUUAGAAAAGCUGUUUGGAAUGAUCAUACAGGCGUGUUCAGGUCGUUUGGCUUAACUUUUGACGACCUAACAAUUCCUGUUGAGUAUUUUCUAUUCCCGUCUGAAUCCAGUUUUGAAAUCUUAACACUGCAACUACGGGCACUGGCUACAGGCGCUUUACGCCAAAAUUGGUCUUCAAUCUUUUAUUUAAUCGCUGUGCAUCAUUUAUCAAGUUACAUUUUCACAAAACCAGAGAACUUGAAUUCAUUCAAUCAGAAAUUGAAGCUUAUGAAUCAAGUUUUACUCCUACAAAACCAGGAUGUUAGAAAUGACGUCAUUUUGUAUCACAAACCAUCGUCAGAUCAUCCGAAAGGAUUUCAAGUCUUCUCUGCCCUUCCUCCGACACGUGAGCUGUUGCUGAGAUAUAAAAAUGAACCCGAGGAAGCUUGGGGAGUCUGGAACCAAACUGCGUAAAUUGAUAGACUGGGUUUUUGGUU